AUGCAUUUGUUAUCCCCAACAGCACCCCGCUUGAAGCAUGCCUUAAAUCUUCCUCCAUCUUCUGAUUUGGAGCGUACUGUGUGCCAUGGCUGGCGCGUCUUGGCAUUGAGUUCUCUGCACGGGCCAGCAUCGGCAUGCCGAUUUUUCCGGCAUUAUCCACGGGGGGACCGUUGGUGGACGGUCACGCUCUACGAUCAAGACGCUUUGUUCUCGGACGCUCGGCGUGACACCGCUGCGGGACAUUCAACCAGCGUGUGGUCGUUUUGCGGUGGUGAGUGUCGGACCCUCACCAAGCAGAAACGGUAUGAUGUGCGACGGCUGCGACAUUUCCCGCAGUACCGCGAGCUCCGGGAUGCGCUCGACUCCCUCCUACCGUUCCGUGCCCUGUGGAAACGGUUACGGCCGGGCACGCUGCAACGCAAGUUUGCCCUUCGAAGUCCCGAAGUGAGUACUGCCCUGGUGCCGAGGCGCUUGGGGACGACCAACUGACGGAGGAACCCCAGAGGCUUGCUCACUAUGUCCGCCGAGUGCACCAUGUAUGGUCCCAGAUCCUUGGGAGCAUCCACCC